AUGUUUAAAGGAACCACAUUCCUUGUUAUAAAGUCAACAAGUUUGACUGACUCAAAAUCAUUAGUCAAUCUUCUUAAAUCAAAUGGUGCCAGUCAUGUUUAUGUUAAAGAUGAAUUUGACAACAGCAAGAAUUAUCUUGAAUCUCCCACUCAAAUAAAUCAUAUAAUCUCCGAAUCGAUUGAAUUCAUAGAAUAUCCAAUCGCCAUUGAUUCUAUGGUUCCUAUAACAUCUCCUAAAUGGGUUUAUGAUUCACUUGAACAAAAGAAAAUUCAGAAUCUUAAACCAUAUAAUCCUGAUCCAAAAUUCUUCCUUAGAGACGUGUUUAUAUGCUGUGCUGAUAAUCUACCUUCUGGUGAUAAAGAAAUCAUAUAUGGAGGCAUCAAAGCCUUUGGCGGGAAUUAUUUGGAUGUGUUAACGAAAUAUACCACUCAUUUGGUUGCUGUUGAUUUAAGUAAUGAAAAAAGUAUCAUUGCUUCAAGUAUAAUUGAUGGAAGUAUUAAAAUCGUGGUUCCUGAAUGGGUUGAUAGAUGUAUUGUCACGGGGAAACAUGUACCUGAAGAUGAUUAUUUAUUACCAAAUCCAAAAGUAUGGCAAGAUUAUGGUGCAAGUGGAAGUAAUGAAACUCAAAGAGAAUUAUUAUGGGAUAGUUUGCCCGAAGAUAGUCAAUUUACGGAAAAGUUUUUAGAUGGUAAGAAAAUCUAUAUUGGUCCCGAUUAUCAUCUUUCUCAACGACAAACUAGUACUAUUGAUUUACUUAUUGAACGUCAUGGGGGUAUGAUUGUGAAAAAUUUCUCAACUGAGAUUGAUAUUUAUUUAGGCAAGUACCGUCAAGGAACACCAUAUGUCGAAAGUUGUCUCAAUGAUAGAAUAAUCGUAGGGAAUCUCCAAUGGUUAUAUCAUUUAAUCGUUUAUAACAAAUGGAUUCUUCCUCAGAAUUCAAAUAUUUUACACUAUCCGAUCCCAAUUGAACCAGUGUCACAAUUCAAUGGACUCAAGAUCUCAAUCACAAACUAUAGUGGAGACUCUAGAGCAUAUUUAUCCCGAUUGAUUACCAUAAUGGGAGGCACAUUCACUAAAACGUUAACCAAAGAUAACGAUUAUUUAAUCUGUGCCAAGGCAGAAGGAAAGAAAUAUGAAACCGCUAAGGAAAGAUGGCAUGACGAGAAUGGGAAUCCGAUGGUUAAGAUAGUGAAUCAUAUUUGGCUAGAAGAUUGUUUCAUUAAUUGGAAAUUACUAGAUUGGAAUCGUUCCAGAUAUAUUCAUUUCGAAGAGAUGGAAUCUCUUAUUGGACAAGUGAGAUUGAAUCCAAAGGUGUUGGGAAAGUGGUAUAAACCAAAUCAAACUAUUGAGAUUGGUGACGAGACUGUGAAUGUUGACGAUAGUAUGAGUGAAGAUGAAACACAUGCCACCGCCAGUACUGCCACUUCAGCUACAAAGACCCAGUCUAUGAAAUCGAAUGAUGGUUCAGUGACCUCGAAUGAGAAUAAAGAAAAUGAAGCUCCAGUGAAAGGAAAGAGGAAGAAGGCAGUUACUCCGGAAAUUUCUAUCCAAGAGGAUGAUCAAGUCCACAAUAACCAAGAUGUCUCUAGUCCCUUAAAACAAGAUGUGCCACCUCCUGGUGUUCGUUAUGGCGGUCGUUCAGCUGCAAAGAAAGCGGCAGCAAAAUUGCAUGAUAAUAUGUCAGACUUAUUGGCAUAUCAAGAAAUGUCUAAGAGUUCAAGAAGGAUGAAAACCUAUAUGGAAGAAUUAGAACAAUCAGUACUGAGUCCAACUAACAAGCGGUCAUUAUCUAUCGAAGAAGUUGAAGAAGACGUCGCUUCUUCGUCUUCGUCUUCCCCCAAAGCUAGUAAGACAAAGAAGAAAAAACCAGCAAAUUAUGAUAUAAUAGCAAUCAUGACCGGUUGUGAAAGUGAAAUAAACCUAUCACGUACCGAUUGUAUCAAAUUGGAACAUCUUGGAAUCUUAUUGAUUUUUGAAAUAUCAAAAACCGUUCCAAAUACAUUAAUCGCUCCCAAGAUCUUACGUACUGAGAAAUUCUUACGAAGUUUAAGUAAAGUAAAGAAAAUCAUUCAUCCUAGCUAUUUGAUUGAUUUAGUGGCUAAUAUUGACAAACCUGAUGUAAUGAAUGAAAUUAAUAUUGAUGAUUAUUCUUUGGAUAAGAUUAUUAAAACGACUUAUAAAGAUUUGGGAUAUAAGAAGAAAGAAGAUGGUGGUGGACUUGGUAAAUUAUUAACUUCUCCAAAUCAAGGGAUUUUAUUUCAAGAUUUAUGUUUGAAUCUUUCUCUGAAUUUGAAUGGUGGGGUUGAAGUCAUUUCUAAUAUAUUGGCAGAUCAUGGAAUGAGGGAACAUAAAGAAAUAAAACCAUCGUUGACUGGGAAUAAUUUGAUAAAAUUGCUUAUUGAAUGUAAGAUUGAAAAUGAAACCAGAACUAUUUUGGUUGCAAAUAAAACAAAAGAUACAAAAUUGAUAAAAGAAUUUAAGAAAUUGAUUAAGAAUGGAAUUGUUUUAGAAUGGGAUUGGUUUGUUAAAUCAAUCUUUAAGAUGGAAUUACAAAGUUUAGAUCAAUUCAAGCUAUAG